ACCGUUUGUUUAUAGCUGCUGCAGAGACUGCACUGCGAUCCGGUGUGAGCGACUAUAAGUAUUCGUUUCGAAAGGAAAUCACGAACCGCGGUUGGAAAUGGCCGGUGAAGCCAGACGCACUUCGGCGGAGUCUUCUCAACGCAUCGAGUAUGUGCAACUCGACGGUCUGGUCGCCAUGAAAAUUUCGAAGCAUUGCCACGAGGAAGCCGGUGGCGUUACAGACUUCGCUCAAGGGGUUCUUUUGGGAAUGGUGGACAAUCGCUGCGUGGAGGUCACAAACUGUUUCCCAUGCCCCCGGCACGGGGACGAAGAGGAAUACGAUGAACAAGAGUACCAGAUGGAGGUUCUGCGGCAGAUGCGAACUGUGAAUCUUGACCACAUGAUCGUGGGUUUCUACCAAUCGGCACCCUUUGGAUCGUUCUUCACGCGACCGCUAUUCGAGUCUCAGUUCAGCUACCAGGACAACAUCGAAGAAUCCAUACUCCUCGUGUACGAUCCAAUUAAAGCUCAGAAAGGAUUCCUGUCCCUGAGAGCUUUCCGUCUCACGGAGGCGGCCUUCAAAUUGUGUCGCGAGGGAGAAUACACUUUGGAUUCCUUCAAGAACAACAAGUGUUCAUAUUCGGAGCUCUUCGAAGAGAUUCCAGUGCAGAUCCGGAACUCGCAUCUGAUGAAUUUACUCCAGUGCGAGCUUAGCGAGAUGGUUCCGAGUCAUGUCGGAAAGCAAUUCCUCGACAUGUCGACCGCCUUCUCGCUCGAGCGUCAAUUGCAGGCCACCAUGGAAUGCGUGGAUACUCUGAAUCAGGAAACGAACAAAAUGUUGAACUAUCAGAGACAGGUCAUGCGACACGCGCAACAGAAACAAGUGGCCCUGGCCAAACGAUCGCAGGAGAACCAACUCCGCAAGCAGCGUGACGAGCCACUACUUCCGGAGGACGAGAUCCACAAAGCGUUCAAACCCAUUCCAAUGCCACCGCGGCUCGAUUCGGUUCUGCUCGCCGGUCAGGUCGAAUCCCACUGCGACCAGUUAUCGAAAUUCUCCACGCAGAACUUAGCGAAGCUUUUCAUGUCAAACGCACUCCAGAAGAAGGAUUGAAUCGGGGCUGUCGGGGCGCAAUAAACUAUCACUCACGCCUGAAA